AUGUACAGAAAGUUGACCUCUAAUAGCAAUCAAGCAAUUGCCAAUGUCUUAGGAUUAAAGUUUUUGCUAAGAGACUAUUCUGAGAUUGCUUAGAAGCAAUUCACAAAAUUAAGUCAAGAUGAGGUCAACUAACUUUUGAUCAUCUAAGAGUUAGAUGAGAAUUGGAAUUUGAAUGUAAAUAGCUUGAGUAGAAAGUACUAGUUCUUGAAGUUUCAGGACUCGUUUAGUUUCAUGAGCCAAAUAUCAUAGAUAGCCGAUUAGAUGAAACAUUAUCCAAAAUGGUUCAAUAAGAACGGACUUGUUUAAAUGGAUCUGAUGAGUCCAGAGGCACAAGGAGUAACUUUUAAGGAUGUUAUUCUUGCUCACUCAGCUGAACACAUCGCUUAAGUGAUCAUGAGUUAGCCAAAGACUUCAAUAUUCGACAACUGUGACAUUCACCUGGAGAAUCUUAUAUCCUCCUGGAACAACAAUUAUUAGAGAAUUCAAGGACUCAACCAUGUCUUUGAAAGAUCUGUAAAUUACAUUUGAUUAAAUAUAAUGAUAAUUUCUUAAAAAUUCAUUAUCAA